AACGAUUUGGAAAUGACGUAUAGGUUUUGAAGUGAAACACAUCAGAGUCUACUGUUAGAGAACAGAGGGUAAUACGUUAUCAUUCGGACAUUACACAUGCAUUGUGAACUUCAGGUGUUUUUUCAGAAUGUGUCUAGAAUAUAUAAAAGCAUUUAAACAUUAUGUUCUCUGGAGUUAUAUUGUUACAGCGAUUGGUUUAGGAAGUUUUCAGUUGGCAUCGAUUUCUGCACAAGAAGCGAGCCAUGUAACCACCGAUGACGUCGAUCGUCUACUUCCGCAAAAUGAUACUGUUACGAUACCAGGUGAAUUUACUACUACGCUAGUUGAUAAUUAUACGAUACCAGGUGAUACAAUUAUUACACCAAAUGAUAAAGCUACGAUAAUAGAGGUGGCAGCUACGACACCAGGUGAUACAUAUACGAUGCCAGUUGAUAUAUCUACGAUGCCAGUUGACACAUCUACGAUACCAGGUAAUACAUCUACGAUUCCAGCUGAUACACUAUUGAUACCAAAUGAUACAACCACGGCACUGGGUGACAUAUCUACGAUUCCAGACAAUGCAACUACGAUACUAAAUGAUAAAACAGAACCCAAAUCACAUGAUCAGACCAAGGCGAAUAUUACAAGUUCCAAAAUUAGUCCGGAUAUCGAAAAUGAAAGAUAUGGAACCACGACCAAACCCUACUCUGCUCUAACAAAAACUACUUCGGUGUAUGUUUCAGAUAGUUUCACUUUAGGAUCGACAAAUGAGUAUCAAGCGCCAAUUUCAGAUGCUGCAUUGUGUUUUUUUAAAUGGACACACACAUCAAAUACCUGCAAUUGUAAUAGUGUAGGAAUACUAUCAGUACCGAGUAAUAUACCAACAAAUACAACGCAUCUGUUCCUAGAAAAUAACAGCAUCCAAUAUCUUAAAGACUUCACGUUUAGAGGUUUGAGAAGACUAGAGGUAUUAAGUUUGAACAACAACCCGGGACUGGAGUAUAUUGAAAACAAUGCGUUUGAAGGAAUUUAUUCUCUCACGGAGUUGUAUCUUUCUAACAUCGGCUUGACAAAUGUCGGAAACUUUCUAAGUGGAAAGGGAGAGGAUCUCAUCCAGCUAGAGAUAGUUGAUAUGUCGCACAACAAAAUAAACAAGAUCCAAAAAUACGCCUUCCACGAAAUGGUAGCUAUAAAUUUUUUAGACCUAAGCUAUAAUGAUAUUGAGGCAUUGUCCAUUUAUUUUAACUUCGUUGGUCUGUCUGGACUUGUUCGUUUGAACAUGGCGCAUAAUCCGAGACUGCAUGAAAUAGGGGGAAGGUCAUUGGUUGGAAUGUCGGCCAUAAGACAUCUUGACUUUAGUUUUUCUAAUUUGACCCAGCUCGUUGAUGAAGAACUCUGGGGUCUUAAAUCUUUGGAGUAUUUAGACUUAAGUUAUACCCCAAUGAGAUUGUUAACAAAUCGAGCUCUCUCAUGGUUAACAAGAAUUAAGGUUAUUGAUCUAUCUCACUCUAAAAUCAGGAGUAUAAAAGAAACAUUCAAGGGGCUAAAUAUCAAUUCCAUUGACCUCAGCAACAAUUUACUACGCCUUAUCCAUAACGAUGCUUUCAAAGAAUGUCCUCAUCUUACUUCCAUAUCCCUCCGCGGUAACACACUUGGGACUUUCCCCAGAGCUCUCUGUCAGGUGAAGAACAUUGAAGAACUCGAUCUAUCCUCAAAUGUCAUACGAACUAUGGGUGCUGAUGACGUCCUUUGCAUCAUGGAAAUACGCCUGUUCAACGGUGAGGGGAAUCCAUUCACAUGUAACAAAGAUAUAGUUGAGUUUGCGAUACACAUGCAUGCAUCUGGUUCUAGAAACGGCUGGCCGGAGGAAUAUAAAUGCUACGAGCCCUACAGAUGGCGGAAUAAAACCAUUGAGAAUUAUGUCAACACCAUUUGGGAAAUACUAACGACCACUCGUGCAACAAUUCCAACAACCAACUCGCCUACAAAGCAUGUACCUAAUAACAUUAGAAAUACACAUAUUCCUCGUGAUGAAAACGAUAAAGCGACUGAUCAAUCUAAAGAGUUCGGUACGACGAACCUAAUAAUAACUUCAGUGGUGGUAGUACUAGUAUUGUUAGUAUUUGUUGUGACGCUCACUCUAGUGUGUGUCAUGAAGAGACUCAACCGAUACGCACCAACUGACAACAAUGAUCCAAACAGUGAAUACAACAAUACAACAUGUGAUGAAGAACUUGGCACUGUCAAGUCUGGGGAAUUGAAUUUGAAUGAAAUGGGAACAAGGACACAUUCACAAGAUCAAAAAGUAAACAACCAUAUUGGAAUUACAAAGGGAAUCGAAGUCUAUCAUAAGAUUGAAGACAGUAAAAAGAAAAGACACAGUAGCAAGAACAAGAUUCGUUAUAAAUCUCCACAAAGAAAACAUAAAAUGCGAAAAGAGAAAACAUUGAUCAAAAGGUCGACCAAUGAGGAUCCUCCUAAAGAUAGCAUGAAACCAUAUGAACACAGACAUAAAACACACGUUUACGUUGUAACAUCCCCAAAUAUACAAACCCAGAUAUAA